UUUUUUCUUUACCACUUUAUACAUUAUUUUCGCUGUUUUUUUCGCUAUGACCAAAGUUACUGCAAAAAACAUAAUUCCACGAAGCUUAAAUGGACGCAGAAACAAUAGAAAACACAUAUUAUUAAGAAGUGGAAUAUGCUAUUCUCGUACUAAAGAUAAUAAAAAUGAAGUCGUCACGAACGUUAUUGUUUCUACGGGACAACCAGCUGUAAUUCCAGACCGCGUAAGCCAGGGCGUAAGUGGACAUAGCUGCGGCUUCCGCGUGCGCUUUGCUAGCGAUGGUGUAUUUUGCCUGCCCUUCGUUAGCAAUCAAUUAAAAAAGAAAAUAAUACGUAUAAAGUCGAUUCUAAAGACGUCCAGUAAGUACAAACAAGAAAGUUACGUACGUCCAGUUCCUGGUGUACCUGAACCAGAGCCAAAACAGACGAUAGCGUUGCGAAAAUAUUUGGAAUCGCUUUGUUUAAACGAACAAGUAUUAAGUCGUGAGAUAUUGCUUCGUCUCGGGACGUAUAUGCUGGAUUGUUUUGUUUCUCAAGGAUGGUGUCGUCCUUUUAUUAAUCCUGUACCCGAAUCGGCUCGGAAUUAUCACCUUCGCAUCGCACGUCCGAUGGAUUUAUUAACAGUUGAACAUAAACUUUGGGCAGGAGAAUACGAUGGUGCAGUUUCAAAAUUCUAUGAUGAUUUAGCACAGAUUAUUUAUAAUGCAUUCAAAUUCCAUGAAGAAAAUUCCGUAAUAUUCAAAGAAGCAGAUUCGAUGCUUACGUGUUUUGUCAAUUUAACAACGAAGUUUUCGAAACCACCAUAUGAUAAUAAAUUGAACUUCGCACUUGCUCAGAUUGGUGCUAAACUCCCUCAUGAAGAAUUUGAUAAUGUUUGUAGAGUAGUACCAAAUAUUAAGAGGAGUGGUAGUAACGUUGCAAAACUUCCCUAUGCUGCCGCUGAACGUUUAGAUCCGAUGUCAAGUUCUCUUUUUGACACAUUCGAACGUGAAAGUCUCCCUCCGGUUAAAUUUCAACCAACAGAAACGCAUUGCAACUUUGCACGUCUAUACAUCACCAAGGGUUCAAAGAAUAUUAAAAAAUGUAGAGAUGAACGCAAUGCAAUUCUCGUAAUUGUGAAGGAUGUUUCUUAUGAAAUCAGUGAGAAUCGAUUGCGAUGUAAUGUGAUCACUUCAAAACCAUUUGGCGAGCUACGUGAUCUCGACACGUUCGAAUUAUCAGAUGCACGAUAUUGGACCCGAGUUGCCUUACUUGAUAAAAAGGCACUCGAUCUUAAAGUUGGGCCAAAAUUCUUUAAAGAAUACUUACGAGAACCUUUUAAGGUUUCGGAAUAUGAACAACAGCGGGACAAUAAAAAUUUUUUGAAAGCUUUGAAUCUAUCUAAGUCACGUUGAUUGAAAUUAUCACGUGAUCUUUUUUUUUAAUUUAUUUUCAAUUAUUUUUUAUUUAUUUAUUUUAUUUAUUUUCGAUCAAUACGAUCAAUACAAAUAAUCAAAUUUAGAUAAAUUAUUACUUUUUUAAAAUAUCGUGUAAUUUCUCUUAUAUUGAUGCAUAUUUUAUUUAUUUUCA